AUGUCGCCGCCCGCCCCGCCCCCGUGCUUGAGCCGCCGCUGCCUCGUGCCACCCCCGUCGCCGCCCGCUCUGCCCCGCCCUAUGCCCGAGCCGUCGCCGUCCUAUGCCACCCCCAUCACCAGCCGCCCCGUGCCACCCUCGUCGUCUGCAGCCCCUAACCGCCCCGCCCUGCCCCUGUCCCACGCCGCCGCCGCCCGGCCGCACCGCUCCACCCGCCCCGCCCACCCGGCCGCGUCGCCCCCGUCUCGAGUUGCCGGCUGCCCCGCCCCCGUCCCGAACCGCCGCCGCCCGGCCGCACCGCACCGCCGGGCCACGCCCCGCCCGGCCGCGCCAGCCCACCCCGCCGGCGCCCCGCCCAUCGUUGUGCCUUAUUCUGCACAUCCCCCACCAGAUCGCCGCCGCCCCUUCCCUCCCGACCUUCUACCGCAGCAGCGGCCUGUGAGCGCCGCCGCCCCUCCCCUCCCGACCUUCUACCGUGGCAGCGGUUGGGAGCGCCUCCGCCCCUCCCCUCCCGGCCUUCUUCCGCGGCAGCGGCCUGGAAGCACCGUCACCCCUCCCCUCCCGGCCUUCUUCCGCGGCGGCGGCCUGGCAGCGAUGUCGCCUCUCCCCUCCCCGCUUUCUUCCGCAGCGGCGGUCUGGGAGCGCCACCGCCCCUCCCCUCCCGGCCUUCUUCCGCGGCAGCGGCCGGCAGCGACGCCGCCCCUCCCCUCCAGGCCUUCUUCCGUGGCAGCGGCCAAGCAGCGCCGCCGCCCAUCGCCGCUCGGCCUUCUUCCGCGGCAGCAACCGAGCAACGCCUCCCCCACCAGCAUAUCGGCCUUCUUCCACGGCAGCAGGUCAGUAGCGCCCCCGUCGAACUCCUCCGGGCCUGCAAUUAGCUGUACUUCAUCAGAUGUGGAUUGGUGCUGCCUCGACAUCAAACCAAUUCGAGCAAGGAGGACUGUGCGCAAGGUUCCUUCAUCCACGGCAGCAUCUUGGAUUAAGUCUGCAACGACCUUCAGAGCAAAUCCUCCGUCUCCGUUCACCUUGAGCAAUGUCCAGACCGCUCAUGAACUUCUGAAGGGCAAGUGGACUGCACAGGCGAACACGAAAGUUGUGCAGACGGAUGAGAAGAGAACUUCCUCCUGCAAACGCAAGAAAUCACCGCAACACGAGGAAAUGACGUUCAGCAGAUACAAAAUGCCGCGCAUAAUUGACAACCCAGGGAACAACAACUUUCAGAAGAGUAAAGCUUCGUCUUAA